AUGGAAACCUCAGGUGACACUCACCACACUUCGGCCGAUGAAAACGACCCCGUCGUCGUUCAAACGGAACCUUCGAGUUCUCUCGCCGGCGAGAAUGCUUCUGGAACCAAUAACACCAGAGAUCCCCUCGAGAAGAGGUCCGAUGUUUUGGCGAAAGGCUUGUCCUCGAUCCUCUCCUCCGUCAUUAGGGAUUUCGAUUUCAGAGCUCAACAAACUCUCAUGAGCCAAGAUCACCUCUCUUCCUCUAUCGAUCGUCUCACCGGAGAACUUGAUCAGUUACUCGAAGAUGCACCUUUACCGUUCAUAAUGCAACAUGCUGCCAAGAUAUCUAGUGUUAGGAAAAGAGUUUCAUCCUUGAAUUCACUUCUAAAAUCCAUACAAGGGCGGAUUGAUAAUAUAGAUCGCAUUAUGUCUACUGGCACUACUCAUGAAAAAGCAACCACUGAAGGUUCUGGGUGA